UCACACCACCACAGAUUAUCUGGAAUUGGGUAAAGGAGGUGCUUGACAGCAGCAUAAAAGCAGCAUCAGCGAUCUUAUGAUUCACAGCUUCAGAGACGCAGCAAGGACGAGAGAGAAACAGUCUGUCGACCAUCCCAACAGAAGUGACCAACCAACAGAGAUGGCAGGUAAAAAGAUCAUGUUCACUGCAGUGGCAGAUCAAGGUGGUAACUUCGGACCCUUUGAAGCAGAGACAACUGUGGUUUACAACAAAGUGAUUACCAACAUUGGUAAUGCCUACGACGGCACUUCAGGUAUCUUCAAAGCUCCUGUUGCAGGUUAUUAUUAUUUUACCUUCUUCUACCAUGCUGGAGAAAAUUCUAAAUCAGCCCUGAAACUGAUGAAGAGUGACAGCUGCAUUGUCGAGGCCUUUGAUAAGAAUGCAACCACUGCUGAUAACGCAGGAAAUGCAGCAUUCCUGCAGCUGAAUGAAAACGAUCAGGUGUACGUGCGCCUGAGUCCAGACAAUCGUAUUUGGGCGUCCGGCUACACAACCACCUUCAGUGGUUUUCUGGUCAGUGGAAUGUGAGAAUUCAAUGACUCCACUUCACUGAUCUCAGAUGCCAUCGACUGUAUGUGAGGGAAAUUCUUAUAAUCAAGUUUUUCCAACAUUGUUCUGCUUUCGCUAGCAUAGUCCACCAUUACAUUACAAUGUUUUAUGUUGUUGGGAAACUAAAUACACAGAUAUAUGUGCUUAAAGCCAAGAAAAUGUCAAGACCAAGUAAAGUAAGGUUGAAUAGCAUCUUGAGUGAAAUAAUGUACAUCCUGUUGUUGGCUAUGUGUGUUGUGUCUCAGUACUGCCUCUCCUCAGUCAUAUCUGUGUGAUUCUGAUGAUGGCUCUUGCUUGCAAACAAUAAAGAUCUACUGAGUAUCUGAA